AUGGAUAUCCGCACCAAGGGCCUCGUGGACAAGGAACGCCAGGUGGCUGUGCUGGCAGCAGAAGUGGAGCGCCUGCACGGUCGACAUGUUGCGGUCGAUGACAGGGGCCGCGACGGCAGCGGCGGCGCAGGGCCUCGCACCCCAGGCGCUGCCGGCCUGAUCUCUUCGAGGCUGGUGGCGUUCCACUCAGUGGCGGAGCUGGUGGAGCGCAACAGCCAGCUGCUGGCGGUGUCGCGCAGCCUGGCCGAGGACCUCGACGCCAGCAGGCAGGGCUUGGAAGCCAAAAUCGCAGAGGCGCGUGCGGCAGAGGCAGCCGACACAGAGCGCCGCAUCGCGGAGCUCACAGAGACGUGCGCGGCCCUCGCAGCCCAGGCCCAGGCCUGCCAGCGCACGGCAGACGAGGCGCUGCGGGACAGGCAGGUGCGCGAGGGCGAAGCCGGCCGCAAUGCGUCUGUCCCGGCGGCUGAGCUGCAGGCGGCGCGAUCCCAGGUAGAGACUCUCGAGGCAGAGGUGGCUCGGCUGCACAGCACAGCGGCGGAAAGCCAGGCCAGCCUGCAGAAGCAGCUUGACACCGCACUCGGCGCAGAGGCCGUGGCCCGCAGCAAUGCGGCCGCAGCUCGCGCGGAGCAGCAGCUUCUGGCAAAUGAGUCUGCAGAGCUGCACCGGCAGGUGGCAGACGCCCAGGCCCAGGCCGCACAGCUGUCGCAGCAGCUGAACGAGCAGCGCUGCAUGGUCGAGCGGCUGGAGGCGCAGCAGGAGCAGGCGGAGCACGACGUCAUCGCACAGCAGCGCCGUGUGGCUCUUUUGGAGGCACAGCUGGCUCACCUGCAGGUCCAGGCGACGCGAGCGGCAGACGCAGAGCGCGCGACUGCUGCCGAGCGGGAGACCAACCUGGGAGAGCUUCUGGCGGCCCGCACUAUUGACACAAUGAGGCAGGAGGCCCACAGGCGGGAGGUGGCAACCCUCCAGGACCGGAUCACUGUGCUGCAGGCAGAGGUGGUGAAGGCACAGGACGCGGCUGCACCCGACGCGCAGGCGGCAGAGCUGCAGGCCAGGGUGGCAGCGCUGGAGGGUGAGCUGGAUGCGGCGAUGCGGCGACGUGAGGAUGUGGAGGCGGUGCUGGCAGCCACGCGAGCAAAGCAAGGCCAGCUGGAGGGCGCAAACGAUGCGCUGCGUGCUGAGCGCGAGUCUGCAGCAGAACAGGACCGCAGGGCGGCCACGGAGGCCCAGGCAAUGGUACAGCAGCUGGAGCAGGAGAAGCGGGAGCUUGUUGCUGCGCGCGACACCACCCAGCAGGAGCUGGCUGAAGCCCAGGCGGCGCUUGAGGCUGAGCGAGCUGCAGCCAGUGAAUACAACGGGCGUUUGGCGCAGCACCUGGCCGAGGUGGAGCGGCUGGAGGCGGAGCUGGCGGCAGCUCACCGCAUCAUGGAGCGCGCCGAGGCCGCCAACAGCAAGCACACAGCAGAGCUGGGCGCUGAAAAGCGGCGCGCCGAUGCAGCGUUGGCCGACACCAUGGCGCUGCGUUCGCAGCUUGCGGAGGCGCAGCACACGGCGCGCUCUGCGAGGGCUGAGCUGGUGCGCGACAUGAUGGCGGCGACAGAGAGGGCGCGCGCCAGCGAAGCUGCGCGUGAGCACGCAGAGGCACGGCUUGUGAACGCUCUCAAGGGGCGUGACGCGCUACAGCGGCAGGUUGAGGAGCUGCUGGCGGGAUCGCAGUCUGCAGAGCUGCUGCCCAUCGCUCCGACUGGCGAGGGCCUGCUUGAGGCGCUGGAGGCGGCGCGGCAGGACAGGGAGCACCUGGAAUGCCGCGCGGCGCACCUGGCCGCAGAGGCCGCCAUGCUGACUCGUGAGAGGGCCCUCGUGAGGCAGGACCUGGAGGAGCUGCGCGCCAGGGUAACGGCGCAGGAGGAUGCGCAGUCUGCUGUGCUGAGUGCUGAGCAGAUGCAGGAUGCGGCUCGAGCCAAGGAGCAGCUCACCAGGUUGCGCGAGGCCCACGGCUCCCUGCGCGUCCGCGUAGCCGCCCUGGAGGAGGACGGGGUCAGGGCCCAGCGGGAGCUGGAGGAGGCCCGGCGCCAGGUCGCACCCCUGACGGGGCAGAUCCAGUGA